UUCGCAACCUGAUAAUAUCGUAUGAGUUUACAGUACAAUGGAAUCGUGCAGCAUUGAGCUCCAGUUUCUCGAGGGCAAGACCAUUUUCAUCACCGGAGUAACAGGAUACCUAGCAAAUAUUCUCACUGAAAAGAUACUCAGAGUCCAGCCAAAUGUGAAGAAGCUCUACUUGCUAAUUAGAGCUCCAGAUUCAAAUUCUGCUAAACACCGCUUUAACAACGAGGUUCUGAAAACAGAUCUAUUCAGAGUUCUAAGGGAGAAGUUGGGAGCGAACCUACACAGCUUUAUAGAAGACAAGGUUUCCCUAGUUCCUGGGGAUAUAGCUUGUGAUAGUUUAGAUGAGAUGUGCAGAGAAGUUGACAUAAUAGUAAACUCUGCUGCAACAACUAGAUUUGAUGAAAGAUACAAUACUGCUAUAAGUAUCAAUGCAUUGGGUGCCAUGCAUGUUGUCGAAUUCUCCAAGCAGUGUUCAAAACUAAAGAUGCUUCUCCAUGUCAGUUCAGCCUAUGUUUCUGGGGAAAAGGAAGGACUGAUACUAGAGAAGCCAUUGAACUAUGGCAAGACGCUUAAUGGAAGCUCUGUCUUAGACAUACAAGUAGAGCAAAGGUUGGUAGAGGAGGCGCUAAAGGACCUUCAAGUUAGGCAAGCCACAGGAAAAGAAGUAACUCUAGCUAUGAAAGUUCUAGGUAUUGAGAGGGCAAGGCUACAUGGAUGUCCAAACACAUACUCAUUCACAAAAGCAAUGGGAGAGAUGCUCCUGGGACACUUCAAGGAGGAUCUCCGACUCAUAAUCCUAAGGCCACCAAUUAUAUUGAGCACCUAUAAGGAGCCGUUCCCUGGAUGGAUUGAAGGAAUGAGAACCAUCGACACAUUCAUUGUUGGCUACGGUAAAGGUAAACAGAAAGUUGCAAUAGGUGGCAGAGAUAGCAUAGCAGAUGUGAUUCCAGCCGAUAUGGUUGUGAACUCAGUCAUUGCGGCUAUAAUAGCCCAUCAAAAUCCAUCUUCCCAUACGGUUGUUUACCAUAUUAGCUCCUCUAGGAGCAAACAACUCAAAUUGGAUGAUUUUAUACAAAUUGGCAUUGAUUACUUCAAGAAGAAUCCAUGGAUUGACGAAAGAGGAAAGCCAGUCAAAAUGAAGAAGUUCCAUUUACUGGAUAGCAUGGAGAGCCUUCACAAAUACAUCGGAAUCCACUACAUGCCCGCAUUAAAGCAUUUACAAGCUCAAUAUGCAAACUUAGAAAGAAGGAUCAAUGACGCCAUUCGACUAGCUGAACUAUACAGACCUUACGCAUUCUUCAAAGGAGUUUUCGAUGAUACCAAUGCUGAAAUGUUAAUGAGAGAAAGCAACGCAGACGAUACACUUAAUUUUGAUCCGACAACCAUUCAGUGGGAAAAAUACCUCAUGGAAACUCACAUUCCGGGAGUUGUGAAGUAUAUUUUCUAA